CCCGGGCCGGAAAAUUGAAAUUGCAAUGAACUCAAACACAAGAAAAGAACAUAGAAAGAAAGCGAGCGAAUCAUCAAUCUUUGCCGCUCUCUCAGUCUCAACUUUGAAAUCCAAACACUCUCUCUGGGUCUCUCAAAUGGAGUCCAUACAAGGUUUCACGAAAUCGACCCAAGAGUUUUUCGACAACCUCAUCCACCGCCGUGCAAAAUCUCCAUCUCCCCCUGGCCGGAAUCCGAUUGAAAUACUGAAGCGAUUGCAAAGAGAGACGUUUUCAGAUUUGAUGAGACUGAGAGAGAGGCAAGACCAGGUUGAGAGAAUGGUGUCCUUGUUUGGGCCUUCUAAAGGAAGCCCAUUUCAAGGAGGCAACACCCCUUUAAAGGUAGAAGUUGAUUUCUUGGGGGGUUUGUUAUGGAAGCAUAAUAAUGAUGAUGAUGGGGGUCAUUAUCAAUACCCUGAUGCUCUUAGUAGAGCUGGGAUUAGAACUGGGUUUGAUUCUAGGUUGAGUAUUGAAAUAGCGGUGAGGGAGAAUGAUGCUCUUUUGACUGAGUUUGUGGCCGGUCAGAAGUACAGGAACGAUGGUUUUGAUGUUUCAGACUGUCAGGUUUCUCUAGCUAAAGUGUCUUAUAUGGCAAAUGUGAGCAAUUGGUUGUCUGCCAUUGCAAUUCCAGUGGGAGCUCGGUGCAGGGACGUCGCCGUUGUUACGAGUCCUUCCCAUCAGGGAAAGGGCCUAACUGAUCGAUCAUCAUUCGGACCACCUCUUCUAAAUGAGUAUAAUGGCAGUGCAAUUGGCAUAAUGGUGAAAAAUGCAAAUGUGGUUGUUGCUUCAUUGGCUCAGUCUGUUUCAGGACUGGGAGUGCCAGUAGGUUCUGGUAGAGUUGGGCACUGCUUGAGCACUUUUGGUCAAAUUGUCUGCCAACUUCCCGGAAACACCAAACUCUCGCUUCUUGGUCUUCACCAAAUGCCUAAAUCAUCAAGUGAACAUGUCAAUCACAGAGCUCUUUCCGUCCCAUCAGGCAGUUUGGAACACCAUACAUCUCCUCCAACAACGGCUGAAGCAUCUGCUCCACCCCUAAGAACAAACUCACAAGGAAACACGUCAGCAACUGGAUCCAUUGCUGUGAUGAUCGAAUCUGAAAUUGACGAGACCACAAAGAUUGGGAGUUGGGUUGAGAUGAAGAAAUUGAAUCCCAGGCAUUUAGAAUGGGCCGUGUCUGUGUCCGAUGACUCUAAAGAUUCAGUUGGAUGGGGAAUAAGUUUAAAUGGGAUGGUCGGAGGUCUCAAUAGCUGUGACCAUUUUCAGAUGGAAUCCUACUUGAAAUUUAACUUAAGUGAGAGAUUCAGUGUAAAGCCUGGUAUUGUGCAUAUAAUCGAUGGCAAUGCCAAAAUGACUGCCCUUAUGCUUAGGUCUAAUUGGUCUCUCUGAUUGCCAACAAAUGACGAGAGUUCCACUGAGCGGAGGCUCCAUUUUUAGUAAAGUUAGUGUACUGAGUUCGCCCCAUAACUAGUUUGUAUAUUUUCUUGGUCUC